CUUUGUCCACUUCGAGCAUUCAUCCUUAUUUCCCGAAGUGUAGUCAUGACAACCUUGCAAGUUCCCGACUGUGGAGGUUGGUUACGAGGAGUGGCUGCGAUCGGUAUCCGAUAUGCGGAGGACGUGUUCGAAACCAUUGCCGGUGUCAUUAGGGGUUGUGGUGCAGGCUUGGCUGUUGCUCAGGAGAAAGUGUUACGUUGGAUAGAGCAUUCGCCACCAACGCCGGAUCAUGCCGGGUUGUGGGAUGUCGAUGCCGGUUUGCAAGGUCCAUUUCUCAAGGGGCCACAUAUGGUCGAAAUAUUUCCACCCCUGAUGCUCGACGAUGGAGAAUUGGGAAUGGGUGCUCAUCAUCUGUGAGGAUGUGUGCCUCAAAUCUCCAGAGUACCGACACCGCACCUCCAAACUCAGCCUGUCGCGUGGUUUGAUGAAUGAAUAGAUAGUUUCUUGGAUGGAUGUCACGAGUGUCGACGACAUCCAUCCAGGCGACGGUUCGGGCAGAGGCUGUGGUGCCCGCGCGCAAUGGAUGGAGGGAGUAAUGUUUUUCAGCAUGAUGUUUCAAUACCUAUUUUCGAUUUCGAGAGAAUGAUAAAUUAUGAUGUCAUCUUCGGCCGUUGAGAGAGAGGAGGAUGAAAGCCAAAAUACGAUAUAAAUGUUUUACACACCUAAGUAUGCUUUAUAUUGCAUGAUUGCAUAACCUGAAUUAUAAUAUAUAUAAAUAUACAUAUAUAUAUAUAUAUAUAUAUAUAUAUAUAUGGGUGUGAAUGUUUUUUAAACUU